GGAAACUUACCCUCACGGCUUUCUGUACCACUGCUUUUGCCUUACACACUUUGCUCAUCUGACGUCUUCACCUCCCGUAGACUUGUAUCAAGUGCAAUCAAUCCCAUCGAUCCCUUUGAUCCGCCCAUAAUAUCCAGCAGCUCAUACGCUCGAGGUUCCUCACGUCUGUUGUCCGCACUCUCCCCCGACCGGACAAACUUCUUUUCCUCGUAUAUUAUUCUCCUCGCAAUCGACACACAAAUGGCGCCGACCUUCGCAUCCGCAGCCGCAUCAGGCGGCAAUUCCAAUUCAUCACGCGCAGAUGGAGCCUCGGAAUGGUCUCGACGCGCAAACGGUGCGACCCAAACGUUUCGCCGCUCAUCGCAAGCAACUACGACGUCCAGCUCAACAACAGCGUCCCGCGAAGCCCCCCCCGCUAGUAGUAGCACACAGCAGCCGCGCAACUCCAGUGAAAGCUCUGGUGUGUACGUCCCGCCACACGUAAAUGCAAGUCGCAACGGCGCCGCCCCUAACAACGAGACACUGCGCUACUCAAAGGACCGCGUCCUCGACAUCUUUCGCGCGGAGCAAGCAGCGGGGAACCUUAUUGAGGGUCUGGCGAGCUUGUAUGUUGGCAACUUCCAGCCCAGCGCGUCGAAUGGGGUUUCAAGCGCGUCACCGUGGGGUAGGAGGGAUGAGCAUAAGGAUAAUAGUCAUAGCGUGGAAUUAUGCUGGGACAGGAAUGCGCAUAUGUUUCCCAUGGGCCUGCAGGAGUGGACAGACGAAGAGAGAGAGCUCUUCAACGGCUCCGUUAAUUCCCCUAUAAAACCGCCGGCCAUGAACAAUAAGGAAGGAGGAGCAUCGAAGGAUGGCGCCAACAACCGCAAGACUUCGAUAUCGCAAAACCUCAACAGUCCAGGCGCGUUUGGUCUUUCCUCGCCUACGCAGUCACGCCCAGGAAACCGCCGGCGGGAGACGGGCGAUGCGUACCCAUUUCCAAACACGUCACUAGCUUCGCCCUCAAACUCCCGUUUCUCCAAGGAAGAAACUAGCUCGGCGACUCCUCCAGCUGCCCUACUGAGAAGACGUACUGAGCAACAGAAGGACGCAAGUUCCGGAAGCGGCGAGGAGCGUGAUAGGGACAAGAGUGAGUCAUUAUCAGGUGGGGGCUUGAAGCGAUCAGGUACCGGUGGCCUCGGGGCUUCUGGGACGUCCACGUGGGGCACUUCCGGUACUUCGGCCUUUUCGCCCAUGGGCUCCUUUGGCAACUUUGCUCUCGGAGGAAGCACCCCCCAGCCGGUCACCGAGAAAAGGCCUGGCUACGGCAGCAUGCGUGGGCAGAGCCGGUUUGCGGGCUUGAUGAAAGAUUCAUCUGGGGAUCUGAAAGAGAAGUCGUCAAGUGGGGACCUAGGACAACAGGGAAACACGGAACAAGAGCGACAAUGGACAGAGCAACGCCAGAACAAACCUGUCGGCGAGGAAACCGACUUGUACGCUGACGACGAGGGUGUGCCGUCUGGUAGCGCCGCGUUGGGUGGUGGACUUGAUGAAAGCCCACCCAAGCAACAACGUGGAUUUAGCGGAUUCGGCGUGUCUACAUCGCGUGUCCCUGAUGAUGGAGGCCUCGCUUCUUUGGGAAUGACUGCUGAUACAGUUAGUUAUCAUGAUUUUGGUCAUCAGACUCCACAGCAACAGCGUCAGCAUGGCGGGGAAGGAGUUCAUGAGCCUAUGAGUCCAACUAACACUAACCCUUAUCAAAGCCCUGAGAAUGAACGAACUGAUCUGGACGAACUACAUGAUGGCCAUGAAAUGUCACACGGCGGUCCUCUUCCUGGCUUGGGUGGCUUCAGAGGAGCUAAUCAGGGUCAAGGAGGUCUCCCUGGAUUGGGUUCGAACUUUCCGGCUUUGGGAACUCGUGUUCCUGCCUCGUAUGAAGCUGCAGCUAGUGACCGCAGCCAGACGUCAAGUACAGGUCCCUCAAGAGGUUUCUCCAGCUUGAGUGGUUUGGGUGGUUUGCCUGGACUGGGAGGAAGUGCGUCGCCAUGGUCUGCAGGACCACAAGGUCUUGGCACACCCACUCGUGAUAGGAGUGGCCUAACUGGUGCUUUUGGAGAGGGUCUAAUGACGUCCACCGCGGAUAUGCACUCUCCUAUUCUAGCUGGUCUCGGUAGUGGAAACGUGUUUGCGGGUCCUGGUGGAUUCGGCAGCGUUCGCUCCAAGAUGGGCUCUCUCUUCCCAAGUGCGAUGCAGGAGCAGAUGAGGAUGGGCGAGGGCGGAAUUCAUGGUCAGGAGGAGCAAGGCUUUGAUACUUUUGCGCGGCAACACUCUGGUCUGGGUCCGCUAGCUCGCGGACCUCUCAACCCGACUGUGAUGGGCAGUGCGGGGCCCGCUCGCGACACUGGCAGCCCUUUCAGAAAUAAUCGCGGCAUGUUUGACGAUCUGAUGGACCAUACUCCUCGCAACGAGAUGCCAUCUGCCAUUGGCGAGCCGUCCGGCAUGUUCGGCUCUAUGCAAUCAAGCCAAACUCCUCUCUCUUCCGUACCUCAUCAAGAUCCUCAUGGUCUUUCACGCAAAUCACAGUCAAACCUCCAACGUCCAUCUUCAAAUCUUACGAGCCCAAGCUCCAGCCAGCCGCCUCUUCAACAAAUGCGCACGAUGGUUAUGCCAGAUCGCAUGCGUUGGAUCUACAAGGACCCUCAGGGCGCAACGCAAGGUCCUUGGUCAGGAUUAGAGAUGCACGAUUGGUACCGUGCUGGCUUCUUCACACCCGAGCUGCUUAUCAAGCGUGUCGAGGACCCCGAAUUCGAGCCGCUUGCCCAGCUCAUUCGUCGUAUUGGCAACUCGCGUGAACCUUUCCUCGUACCUCAGAUUGGGGUUCCCCACGAAUCUGCAAGCGCUAGUGGUAAAACUCCUGGGGUUGGCGGAGGGGUGCAACCGCCUUUCCCUAAUAGCUUCCCAAGCUUUGGCACCACACUGACCGCAGAGCAGCAAAAUGCCUUGGAACGUCGGAAGCAGGAAGAACAAUUCUUGAUGGCACGUCAAAAGGAGCAUCUUGCUCAACAGCAAUUGUACAUGAAGCAACAGCUCGGAAUGCAAGCUGCUGGUGGUCCACAGGUAGGAGCACACGGCUUGAUCCACCAUUCGAGCGCGCAUAGUUUGCAUAGCCAACCUAGCUUUGGGAGUGUGACAAGUCCGGCAGCGUAUCAGCCGUCGCCUUCUCAGGGACCCAUGGUCGGCGGUCCCGCUGUCCCAGGCUUCUUCGACGGAGCCUUUCGGGUGCAGCAACAAGGACAAGCCCUCGCAGUUCCAGAUGUUCUAGGUAGUAUUCGUGAGAGCGAGGUGCCUGGGUUAAUGGAACGUAUGAACCUAAACAACAAUAAUAACCGUGGAGCUUCGACGCAACAAUCAGCAGGUCAGCAGCUCCCUUUAGGGCAAGGCCUGCCCGAUGAAAUACAAUCUUCUCAGAUUGCAACAAUGCUGCAGGACAGGGCCAGACUGCAGCGCGAGCAGGCCGAACAUGACCGCAAACAGUCAGGCCCAAAGGAAGAGGAGCGCGAGGCCCUUGCGGCUCAGGAACGUUUCCAGCAAUUCAAAGAUUUGAGGGCACAAGAGGGCGCAGCUGAGGACCAGGAGCUGAGGCAGAUCACCACGGAACCAGACAGUCAGGUGCACGAGAUUGCAAGAGACGAAAUGACAAAAGUGGACGAGAAGCCCGAAGAAACGCUUACACAACAGGUCCAGGCCGCUUCGGCGGCGAAGCAGGCGUCCGCUCAACAGUCGCCUUGGGGCAAAGCUGACGCCUCGCAAAAUGCAAAUCAUGCGGAUCGUCCGCCACAGUCUUCUUCGCCUAUGCCAGCCCCAGUUGCUCAGCGCAAGCACAACGUUGCCGACAACCUUGUCGCGGAGACGAGAUCGAGAACACAGAGCCCGGCGGUAGAAACGCCAACCACAUCGGUGGCGCCGUGGGCAAACCAGGCCGUCGAAAUCCCCAAGACCCAAUCUCUCAAGGAAAUUCAGGAAGCGGAGGCGAAGCGUGCAGCUAAACAAGAAGCCUUAGCAGCUGCUGAACGUCGUGCAGCUUACGAACGCGAGCUAGCUGCGGCACAAGCCGCAGCCAGCAUGGCACCAGCUCCAGGUCUCCCAACAGGUGCUACAUGGGCAACACAGUCCCCAACGACAUCGACAGGCUCUGCACAAUCCGUGUGGGGCGCAAAAACAGCUACGAAGCCAAAUGCCGGCAAGACAUUGCAGCAAAUUCAGAAGGAAGAAGAAGCUAAGAAACAGCGCGCCGCUCUCGCUGCCGCUGCAAGCGCGGCGAGCAUUACUGGCCCUGCUCCUUCCUCCGCUGGAGGCAAACGAUACGCCGAUCUUGCUGGCAAGAGUGCCUCUCCAGCUUCGCCCAUCCAAGCGGCGGGUUGGAGCACGGUCGGUGCAGGUGGAAAGAUCAAGGCUUCUACAACUCCGGCUUCUGCCGUCAGCGGAACUAUGGCAGGACGCAGCGUCAGCGGAAACACAACUUCCGCUACAAGUAUGAAAUCAAGCCCUGUGUCGAGGAGUUCAACCAUGGGUGCUGCGCAGUUGGGUAAGCUGAAUAAGGUUGAUGCAAUGGGCGAGUUCAAAAAAUGGGCCAUCGGGGAGCUGCAGAGGGGUGGGUUGCAUAACGGUAUUAAUGCCUCCGACUUCAUGGAGACGCUUCUUGUUCUUCCCUCUGAGAUUGAUAUCAUCACUGAAGCCGUGCAUAGCUCCGCGCAGACCAUUGACAGUCGCCAUUUCGCAGAAGAGUUUGUACGCCGCAAGAAGCAGGCUGAUAAGGGUGUGAUUGAGCCAUCAACAACGGCUAGUCCGAGCACAGCUAAGGCUAACGACAAUGCUUGGUCUGCGGUUGCAAAGAAGGGCCAGACAACGGCUGCUUCCUCGACGCCAGUCCCAGCGGCCAGUGGCGAAUUCAAGGUUGCGAAGGCGAAGGGCAGGAGAAAGUAGAUGUUUGGUACGUGAUGGAAGUGAAGGUAAUUGUUUCUAGUUGAAGACAGGCAGUAUUUUUUGAAAGUACUUUUGUGAUGAUGAAAUGUGAUCUGAGGACUAUGUUUCUGAGGAAGCUUGUGCAGACCAAACGAACCUGCAUCUGCAGUUGUUAAGUUUGGUUACGAGCUGGGUGUGUAGCACUAUACAAAAGUCUAUGCGUGUGCGAGUAUGAGGGGUAGGGGGAAAAAUAAAAAUCUCAAAACCAAUUCGUUCG